AAAGCAACAGAGCAUCAAUUCGACCAUCUAAAAAUGGUGAAGAAAACAGUGAUCAGGAUGAUUACCCUUUGGUUACUUCUGCUUAUGGCCGCAAUUGCGGCGAUCAGCAGCACAAAUGCAAUCCCUGACGUGACGCCAGCUGCCAAUUUGAACAGUCAGCCGACGAAAAUCAAUUACACUGAAAUCGCCGCAAAAAACAGGGGACGAGGCGGGAGCGGAGGCGGCGGCGGAGGAGGAGGAAGCGGCGGCGGAGGAGGAGGGGGAGGUGGCGGAGGGAGCUUCGGAUGGGGAUGGGGCGGCGGCGGGGGUGGUUCAGGCGAGGGAGGAGGAGGGUAUGGAUGGGGUGGAGGUGGCGGUGGGUCGUAUAAAUGGGGGUGCGGCCGUGGACCCGGCGGCGGCGGCGGCGGAGGUGGAGGAGGCGGCGGUGGUCGGGGUAAGAGGGGGAAGUUUGGGAGGGGAGAGUUUAAGAUGGGGGAAUUUGCGCAGUGUAGUGAGAGAGGAUCUAAGUGCAGGGGAAUGAGGCUGGACUGUCCGCUUCACUGCGGCGGUCCUUGCUUCUACGAUUGCCGGUUUAUGUGCAAAGCCCAUUGCCGCCGCCGCCGGCGAUAGUUGUUGUCUGACAAUUUCUUCGCUCCAUUUUUCCCGGAUGUUCUGUUUUUCCCUAGCUUGUUGUGUGUUUUGGGCUUGUGCUUCUGUUGUAUUCCUUCCGAUUGCUUCAUUUUUUGGUUUUUGGUCGUGGAGUGUGAAAUGUAGUGAAUGAAAAUGUUGCAAUAUC